GACCAUAGAGAGUGAGCUGCUAGGUGAGUGAGUGCAUAGAGGGGCUGUGUAUUCAUGCUUUUGUACACUUCCUUGCGAUCUUAAUAAAUUCUCUUCUUCUCCUAACUUCCUAUCUUCGUGUUUGUGUUGCUAACCUCAAGCCCAGUACGAGGGCCACGCCAAGUGUUUGGGAAGGCUGACUUGGUUCGGGUUUACGAGGUUAAUUCUGAGCGAAGUGCCGCACGAGGUCGAGCUAGAUUCUGCCUCUGAGACAAGUGCCAUCGGAGCUAGUCUCACCCUGUGACAAGGUGGUUAUCUCGGAGCGCAAGCGCGGACUGGAGAAGGACUUCUGGUUUGGUGCAAUUACAUUGGCGCCGUCUGUGGGAAUCGAACUGAAAGCUCUUUAGUUGCUCUUCCGUCAUGGUUCACACUCGAUCGAUCCGAGCUGGUAAUUCAUCUCUGCCUCAUGGGCAAGGUCAACCUCCCAACAACCUUCCACCUCUGAUCCCACCUCAGAUCCCACCUCAAUUUCCACCUCAGGUCCCAACCAUAUUCCCUCCUGUUGAUCAUGCAGAAGGAGGAGAUGAAAACCAACCCCAUACCUCAGCUCACAAUUCAACUUCCACGGCCAACCAAGACGUGGUGACAGCUCAGCUUGCUGCCAUGCAGCAAUAUGAAUCCCAAGGUCAAUCCCACAUAGCACCCGCUCAACAACCCAUCCCUGAUGAUGUUACCCGUCGCCUUGAUAGCUUAGAAAAGCUGGUAGCUGAACACCGAGGUACCCCACCCCUACACCAUGCUGCUAAUUUCAUACCUCACCCCUUGAAUACCAACAUCACGCUGGAACCCUAUCCUACUGGCUUCAAAAUACCACAAUUGGGGAUUUAUGAUGGGACGAAGGAUCCCGAUGAUCACCUGCACGCUUUUUACUCUUGCAUGCAAGCUCAGAACGCCUCUGACGGGCUGAUGUGCAAAAUUUUCCCCUCUACUCUUAGAAGGUUGAUUAGGAAAACUACUUCUGAGUUGAUGAGGGUUAAACAGAGAGACGGGGAGUCUCUGAAGAACUACAUGAGCAGAUUCAAUGAUGCAGUAUUGGAGGUUAGUUCUUUUGACCAAGCUGUGGGCAUUGCGGCUGUAAUUGCUGGUCUCAAACAUGAUAGGUUCAGAGACAGUUUGAUCAAACAUACUGCCACCACCUUUAGCGAGGUGAAUGAUCGGUCUCUUAAGUUUAUAACCGCUGAGGAGUAUGCCCUGGCACAAAACCCACCCCUCUCUAAGAACCGGAACCCAGAAUGGAGAGACGACAAUCCGAGCCGGAAAAGGAUGAGGAUGGCGCAGAACCGAGGUCUGAUGUUGACCUCCCCACCGAGAUUCGGAAAGCCGAACUCAACACCCCAGCAACAGUCUGCAGGUAAACCUCUAGUUAAUUGGACCCCAUUUAAUAUGCCGAGGUCACAAAUAUUCAUGCAGAUCAAAAAUAAGAUGGACUUGAGACGUCCUGGACCAAUGCGAACUGCUGCUGCUAGUCGAGACCAUACCAGAUAUUGUGAUUUUCACCAGGAUCACGGCCAUACUACAGAGCAGUGUAACAGUUUAAAGUCCGAACUGGAAAGUUUAGCUCAGAAGGGAAUGCUGAAUGAGUAUGUACAGCGAGUUGAACAGUCGAGGUUUGUCAGAGAACAGAGGCCGCAGCCUCAAGGAGCUCGCAAUCCCCCAAAUAGGCAAGGUGUGGGAUAUCAACAAACCCCACCUCCACUCCCACCACCAGCUAGAAUCAUACAUAUGAUUACGAGAGGCCUCGAAGCAGGUGGACUGAGCUCUAAGCAGCGAAAGCUGUAUGUUAGGGAGGUUAAACAUCAAAACCGAGCUCAGAAGAGGAAGAUCGACGAUGCUGAAUGGAAGAAUCAACCAAUUACUUUCACAUCUGCUGAUCUCGAUACCGUUGUUACACCCCACAAUGAUCCUUUGGUCACUUCUAUCAUGAUUAACAACUGUGAAGUACAACGUGUCCUUGUCGACACCGGGAGUGCACCAGACAUCAUGUACUUCCACUGUUUCGAGAGUCUGGGACUAGAUCCAGCAUUGUUGCAGAAGUAUGAUGGUCCUAUCUAUGGUUUCAAUAACCAACUUGUUCCGGUAGAAGGAAUUCUUACCCUCCAUGUGGCUUUUGGGAGGGGUAGAACCUAUGUGACCCAGUCGGUCCGGUUCCUUGUAGUCAAGAUGGCGUCCUCCUUCAACAUUGUUAUUGGCUGACCCACACUGACUGCAAUCCGAGCUGUGGUUUCCCAGUCUCACCUCUGUAUGAAGUUCCCAACUCCCAUGGGAAUAGCAACACUACGAGGAAACCAGGAGGUGGCCAGGCAUUGUUAUAUCACCUCGGUAACACAACCCAUGAAGGGCAAAGCUCAGACAACCGAAGCCAUUCCCCAGCAAAUUUCUGAUAAUCAACAAGUUAUGGGUGU